AUGGGAAUUGUCAAACGAAUAACAGCUUAUUCCAAGGUUUGUAAAAGUUCAAGACGUCCACACGUUUUGAAAGAUAUCAAGUCAGAAGGAAGGGAGGAUCGUUUCUUUACGCUUAAAUCUUUGGGCGUACCUAAAAAAAUUCAUUUACCAGUGGACGUUAUUGAACGUCAGAAAUUUUCCAAGAGGGUAAAAACACGAAUAAGGGGAUCUGCAAAUGAGGUUUUACAUAAGAAGCGAGAAGACUUUAAGAAAAGUCUAAAAUCAUUCAUCAACGUGGCAUUUCCAUCAUCUACAAAUCCUUAUGGAUAUUUGAUGUCAAAUCCAGGUCCCGUAUUGGGUUUGGAAAAACUUUGUAAAGCGAAUCAGGGAUUGAAACCACCAAAGUACAAUGAUUAUCUUGACCCAUCACAUAAUCUACACUCCUGCACUUUAGAAUUUAAUGAUAAAAUUGAAAUUUCCGAUCCUAUGCCAACAAAGGCGUUGGCAAAACUUAAUGUCGCACAUAAAGCGUUAACGAAAAUCAGGAGGCGAGCGAAAAAGGAAGCUUCAAAAGGGAAAUCACCGGAAGCAAGAAAGGUUAUAGCGGAAACGAAAGCAAAGAAAGAAUUGGCGAAAAAAAUGAAAUUUGAGAAAAUGAUGAUGGAAGAAACGAAAUCGAAAAAGGUUAAUCAAGUAAAUGACAAACCACCAAAAGAUUUUUACCAAAAUCCUAGAGUUCGAAAGUUAUGGGCAAAUAAAAGAGUUGAACCAAAGGAUGAUUGGUUCAUGGAAAACGUCAGCUGUAGAAAUUUCUCUUUAUUUAAAGGUUUUUACCCUAACACCGCUACUAAUAUUGAAGAAUCUGAAUCCAAGACGAAGAAGCGAAAAGUUAUCGAUUGGAAUGAUUCGAGAGCGUUUCAAGAAGUAGUUGAAUCUCGGGCCAUCAAGAGGAUUCAGUUGGAAAAAGAGAAUGAAACUAUUAUCGAUGUUAUUGAUGGUGGAGCUGUUAAGAGCAAUGUUUCACAUGAUCAAAAUCCCAUGGAUUUAAAUUUAAAGACAGAAAUCGUCACAUCGAUUACGGACAAUAUGCCAAAAAAUCUGGUCCAAGAACCUCAGAAAACCGAGAAGUCGGUACUUUUUCGAAUUCAAGAGAUUUUUGGACGAACUUCAAUCGCACCAGAAGAAGAUCCUUUGAGAAAAAAUAAUUCAGACGAAAAAUACGUAAAAAUCAUCAAAACCGCCGCAAACGAGAAGAGAAGGAUAAGAACUCAAUCAAACGAGUUAAGAUUUAACAGCAUGCUUCAGUUGAGAUAA